CUCCGCUCUGUCAGAUCUGCUUCUCGACUCACAGGUUUCUUCCAGGUUGCGACGAGCCUUGUUGAGCUGAUAGGAAUGAUGCUAGCACAUUGCUGUGCAUAGACAAGCAGUAUCACUCUCAUAACAGCUGAGGGCUGGUCACCUUUUCCCUUGCCUCUUCACCAUGUCGAAGCGGAGUUGGCAAGAGGCGAAUCUGCCUUCCCCGCGAGGGCCAGUCGCUGGCCUGCAACGAGCAGCUUCGUCGGUUUCGCCGCAGUCAUUCGCUUCACCGGGCCAAGCUCUUUCGCCGAAGAAGAGUCGCAGCUCUUUUGACGAACCUCCACUGAUCGCCAAAGCUCCUCCGAAACCUCAACGAACCAAUUCCUCCAACGGCGCCCAACAAGAGUCGAGUAAACUGCCUGGAAUCUCGAGGAAGGUCAAGGCGUGCGCCGCCUGUCGCAAGCAAAAGAUAAAAUGUAUCAUGAUCGGAGAUCCGCCGUGCCAAAGAUGCAAAGAACGAGGAUUGUCAUGUCGUUUGAACAAGAGCUUGCAAACACUCAUGUCGGAAGAUUCCAAGUGGAAGGCGGCAGUGACCAAGGAUGUGACCUCGUUGUACUCUGUGGUGGAAGAAAUAGUGCGGACAUUACAACUACCACCUCUGCCGCAGAUGCUCGUUUCGACGCAAGAUCCCGCAAUCUUCUUCGACCAUGAAGAGCAAGGAAACGAUCCGGACGAUGAAGAUCAAUCAAUCGACAACUCACCGAAAGUUACGCCAAUCGCCGACAAUUUGUCUCAUGUGCCAAUUGAGUCGUUGUAUCAAAUCACGGGUAUGCGAUCUCUGAGAGCCUCCGAGAACAUCACAGAAGAUCAGUCACGAAUAUGCAAGCAGCUUCGUGAUACGGACUUCAUUGCAAGAGGCCUCAUCAAGCAGGAGGACGCCGAGCAUCUGGCCAACUACUACUUGAGCAAGCUUGAUCCAUAUAUAUGGCACAUUUGUCCUGAUUACAAAGAUCUCGACUCAUUCAGGCGUCGCUCUCCCACGUUGACUGCCUGUGUCCUUACAGUGGCUGCUCUGCACGACACAAAACUGGGCCAUCUGUACACGAUAUGCAAUAAAGAGUACCGAAGGUUGGUCGCCAACGCGAUGUUCGAACGAAAGAUCGACAUGGAAUAUCUGAGAGCGCUAGUUCUUGGAUCAUAUUGGCUGAGUGAUAUCUCCUGGACCUUGUCUGGAUAUGCUAUUCGUCGCGCAAGCGAAUUCCACCUACGACAGUAUUAUCAUGAGAUUUCCGAGUCGGUCAAAUCACCUGAAAAGGUGGAUCGAACAAAGCUACAAGAGGCCAUUGAUGGCAUUCGGGUGCUCUACCUACUCUACAUUUGCGAUCAUCACUUGUCCAUUCUUUAUGGGCGAUCGUCAAUCAUGCGCGACAACGAGAGUUAUAUUACUGGUUGGGAAGCUUACCUCUCAUGCUCACUUUCGACCGAUGCCGACCGCAGAAUUGCCGGACAGAUCUGCUUGAUGUAUCUCAUGAAUCAGAUACGAGAAAGCCUCGGACCAGAAGACACAGGUUCCGUGUUGCCAUCAUCUGCUCUUAGCAAGAUUGCAGGAUUUGAGAGGGACUUGGACGACUGGAUAGCUAGGUUCUCUCGUCACAAUCCGAGUCAAUGGAUUGGCAACUGGCCCAACAAAGGCGCAGUCAUGCACUAUCAUUGGGCGAAGCUGUAUCUGCAAUCAUACGUGCUCCGUGGACUUCCCGAGACAGGCGCUGUCAUACCGGAAUACUUCCUCGAGAAUGCCUCGGCUGCCGUAGCCGCCGCAACAGCUAUCAUCAAUCUUCUUCUCGAGGACAAGGAUGCGCAGAUAGCCAUUGCCUAUGUGCCGCAUCACAUCCACGGCAUGAUUGCUUUUGCAUGCAUGUUCCUGCUGAAAAUUGCGACGAAAUUCAGUGCCCAGCUGUUCUUAGACACUGUUCGAUUUCAACGUCUUAUCAAUGCGCUGGCACAACAUUUCAAGUCAACUGAUGUCGGAAAGGACCAUCUGAUACACAGAAUGGCGGAAGGACUCGAGAAAAUGGCAGAAACGUUCGGAGGUCCAGCUCGUCCCAAAAAUCGAAAAGUGAAUGGGGAACAAGCAAAGCAGCCAGUGAUAUCGCCCAGUCAGGCCCUCGUCGAAGCGAAACCGGAAGUCGUGACGAAUGGGCAAGAUGAUGUGACUGACUACAGCUCCCUUGAUCCUGCUGCGUUCGACUUCGGAGAUCCCUCCAUGGGACUUGGUAUGCCGUUCUUCGACUUUGAAGGGACUACUCUGGGCGGUAUUGGCGACACGGGCGACACGAUGUGGAAUUUUAGUACUUGAUGAGCGCCCAGCAUGAUAAUGGACAGCGGUUUUGAUUAGCGUCGCAGCAAGGAACGAUAACGGAUGGAGCGGUACUAUGCAAUCUGUGCUCAUCAACUUGUAGCAGCCUCCAUUCAAGAACAAUACUCCGUAGGUGUUGACAGAUUCUACGGUAGUCGUGAGUCGUGUUAAGAAUCUGGUUGCCAGAACUUGGACCAAUCAGACGAGUUGUAAAGGGCUAGAUGGUGCUUCCUAAAUUGGUUUAG